AUGCCCAGGAGUUUGAUUGUUUUAUUUCUACUGUUUCUCAGCGUUAAUGGCCUUAGGUUUUACGUUUCCUCAGGCGAAAAGAAGUGUUUGAAGGAAGAAAUUCACCGGAAUGUGGUGUUAACAGGAGAGUAUGAGUUCAGUGAGGCUAUUGGAUACACGUCGUCUGUUCACGUGACUGAUACUCGUGGCCACACCUUAUACAAAAGAGAAGACUUCCCCGAUUCAAAGGGAAAAUUCGCUUUUACCGCCGACGAAUACGACAUCUUCGAAAUCUGCAUCACAGUGAACAACAAUCCCAGUAAGUCGACGCGUUAAAUAAUUUUAUUUGGCUUUUAGACCAAGUCAAAGUGCAGAGGGAGGUCUCGUUGAUUCUGAAGCAUGGAGUGGAAGCUAAGAACUACGAAGAUUUGGCCAAAGCCGAGAAAUUGAAGCCGUUAGAAGUUGAAUUACGGCGUCUUGAGGAUCUGUCCGAUUCGAUUGUGCAAGACUUCAUGUAUAUGCGACAGAGAGAAGAAGAAAUGCGAUCAACUAACGGUAAUAAAGUUAGCUUACAUUAGGUUUCUGCAGUUUUUGUUUUAAUGACAGCAUCUUUUUAGAAUCCACAAAUACCCGUGUUUUAUACCUGAGUAUCUUCUCCAUGCUGUGUUUACUGACCCUGGCAACUUGGCAGAUCAUGUACCUCCGACGUUACUUCAAAGCUAAGAAGCUUAUUGACUAA